ACACACAAACUCACAACCAGCUUCUAGUUAAAUUUAAAGGAAGCCUUUCAUUUCCGCUCAAAAUAAAGAUGGUGAUGAAGUUGCUGAAUCAUGCGCAGCUUGCUCUCAUCUUUGGCCUCUUGGGCAACAUUAUCUCAUUCAUGGUGUUCCUGGCUCCUCUGCCGACAUUUUACACCAUCUGCUACAAGAAGAAAUCAUCAACAGGGUUCCAUUCGAUACCAUACCUGACAGCACUAAUGAGUGCAAUGCUGCUGUUGUACUACGGAUUUCUCAAGACGAAUGCAACCCUCAUCAUCACCAUCAAUGCAAUUGGAUGUGUCAUUGAAGUUAUCUACCUCUCCCUCUAUCUUCUCUACUCGCCAAAGAAAGAACUGAUGUUCACACUGAAGGUGCUGCUUUCUUCCCUGGGAACGUACGGCUUGAUGAUGCUCGUCACAGUGUUUCUGGUUCAUGGAUCCGCUAGGGUGAACGCCGUUGGAUGGAUAUGCGCCGCCUUCAACAUAGCGGUGUUUGCUUCGCCAUUGAGCGUAGUGAGGAAUGUGAUAAAGACCAAGAGCGUGGAGUACAUGCCGUUUUCAUUGUCGGUGUUCCUCACCCUUUGUGCGACGGCUUGGUUCUUCUAUGGACUUCUGGUCAACGAUUACUACAUUGCACUGCCAAAUGUGCUGGGAUUCCUAUUUGGGGUAGCUCAGAUGGUACUCUACUUUGUUUACAAUGAUUCAGCUUCAUCAAAAAGGAGAGUUGUGGACUGUGAAACGGGAAAGCAGCAGCAGCAGGAGGAGGAGGAGGAGGAGGAGGAAGAAGGCGACUGUGGUGGUGCGCAUGUUGUUGAAGUGGCAGCAGGGGAUCAGCAAAUGAGGGUGGAGAUGACGAGGAACUAACGGGGUUGAGUAUGGAAUAAUUGGCCGUUCGUCGAGCCUGUCAUGUCGCAAACUUGCAAACUGGGCUGUGCUCUGUCUGGAGCAGAGUUAUUUUCAGUUUGAUACACGAGAAUCUUAACUUUGAGUUUGGUUGUUGUUGUUUUUUUCUGCUUUGUUUGGUUCGGUGAAUUCUCACUGUUUUUUUUUUUUUUUCUGCUUAGUAUCACAAGAAUUGUGUUCUAACUAUUUAUAUUUCGAUGUUUUCGUUCGGUCAAUUAUCAUUGUUAAAGUUUAAUAGAAAGUACGUUAAUUA